GCAGUAGAUUUCAGAAGGGAUUGGAGGAAAACAAGAGGGGGAGAGAAUGUGACAACUGCCGGCUCUGGCUGCUGCCUUGGGGAGGCCUCCCGCACCUGUCCCUGCCUGUCUCUUGGCCAGCACUCUUGUUGAAUCAGACAAGCAGAGAAACAUUCUUAUUUGCCAGAGCAGAACGGCGUGCAGAAGCAAGAACAUGACUUCUUCAUUCAAGCUGGAUUUUCUCCCUGAUAUGAUGGUCGAUAGCCGUUUGCUAGUUUCUGACAGAAUUAACGGUACAACCAACAAGAUGAAUGGAGCUUUGGAUCACUCCGAUCAGCCAGACCUAGAUGCCAUUAAGAUGUUUGUUGGUCAGAUUCCACGUUCGUGGUCAGAAAAAGAACUCAAAGACCUUUUUGAGCCUUAUGGAGCUGUCUAUCAGAUCAAUGUCUUACGAGACAGAAGUCAGAAUCCGCCCCAAAGUAAAGGUUGUUGUUUCGUAACAUUUUAUACAAGAAAAGCCGCACUGGAAGCACAGAAUGCAUUGCACAAUAUUAAAACUUUACCUGGGAUGCAUCAUCCUAUUCAGAUGAAACCUGCAGAUAGUGAAAAGUCAAAUGCUGUGGAAGACAGAAAAUUGUUCAUAGGAAUGGUUUCGAAGAAGUGUAACGAGAACGAUAUCAGGGUGAUGUUUUCUCCAUUUGGUCAAAUAGAAGAAUGCAGAAUCCUACGGGGACCUGAUGGACUGAGUCGAGUGCCCAGCAGCAAUAUGGAAUCUAGCAGAGCAAGUCAACACUGCUGUGCGUUUGUUACAUUUUCUACAAGGGCAAUGGCACAGAAUGCAAUCAAAGCCAUGCACCAGUCUCAGACCAUGGAGGGGUGUUCUUCACCAAUAGUGGUGAAGUUUGCUGAUACCCAGAAAGACAAGGAACAGAGGCGUCUACAGCAGCAGUUAGCACAACAAAUGCAACAGCUUAAUACUGCCACAUGGGGGAACCUCACUGGACUCGGAGGGCUUACCCCACAGUACUUAGCACUCCUGCAGCAAGCCACCUCUUCUAGUAACCUGGGUGCAUUUAGCGGUAUUCAGCAAAUGGCUGGCAUGAAUGCUUUGCAAUUACAGAAUUUGGCUACUUUAGCAGCUGCAGCAGCCGCAGCCCAAACCUCAGCUACCACCAAUGCAAAUCCUCUCUCCACAACGACUAGCGCACUGGGAGCGCUAACAAGCCCGGCACACCAUUGGUUUAAACCAGAAUUGCCUGGAUCAACUAACUCAUCUGCUGGAGCUGCCAUGAAUUCGCUGACAUCUCUAGGCACUCUACAGGGAUUGGCUGGGGCCACCAUGGGAUUGAAUAAUAUUAAUGCACUAGCAGGUACCGUAAACAUUGCUCAAAUGCUCUCAGGUAUGGCUGCUCUGAAUGGAGGACUCGGCGCCGCAGGCUUGACGAAUGGAACGGCUGGUACAAUGGAUGCCCUCACCCAGGCCUACUCGGGAAUUCAGCAGUAUGCCGCGGCGGCACUGCCAACACUUUAUAGUCAGAGCUUGCUACAACAACAGAGUGCUGCAGGCAGUCAGAAGGAAGGCCUCCUUUUCUCUUCCUCUCAAGGCCCGGAAGGAGCAAAUCUCUUUAUUUAUCAUCUUCCCCAAGAGUUUGGUGACCAGGACAUCUUGCAGAUGUUUAUGCCUUUUGGAAAUGUUAUCUCUGCUAAAGUCUUCAUUGACAAACAGACCAAUCUGAGCAAGUGCUUUGGCUUUGUUAGCUAUGACAAUCCUGUGUCUGCACAAGCUGCUAUUCAGGCGAUGAACGGCUUUCAGAUCGGCAUGAAACGCUUGAAAGUUCAGCUGAAACGCUCCAAAAAUGACAGCAAACCGUACUGAUUUUAACCCCAGAAGCUUUCUGCUCUUAUUUUAGCUUUUUUAGGGUAAGUCCCAUGAGCCAGCCUAUUCUCCACUGGUGGCUGAGGAGGAAAACAUUGCCAACACACACCAAGAGAGACAAUUAUUUUUACAUUAAAAGCUUCCAUUCCCUUCUACCCUGGCCCCCUGGUCUUGCCACUUACUCUGGCUAUAUUUUCUUACCCAGAAUCAAGCAAGUUGUGUAAUAAUGUUCUGUUCCACUUUUCAUUUGCCUAUAUUUAUUUUUUCUUUAUGUUUGAUAUCUUCAGAUUUACAGUGGCAGCAAAACAAUGUACAAUUACACUCUGCAAUUGCUGGUGCCAUAAAAUAAUAAAUAUAGAUGUGUCCUCAUACACUGUGGCUACAGUCCUGCAAAACAGCCCCUCUCGGAACACCAGGUCCUGUGUGACUCGCCGCACCAAGCAUCUUAUUCUCUCAAAAUCUGUGUCUUAUUCACACUAAUAAAACAACCGGGCAGUGACAAAACUACUUAGAUAGACUCCACUUAUCAAUUUGAUGUCUGACAUUUGUACAUCUGUGUACGAAUGAGUCUGAAUCUAUGUACAAUAUGCAGCGACGCAACAGCAGCUGCUUUUUCUCACACAAAGUUCUGUUGUUCUUCAUCUACAACUUUGUAUAUGUUUCAAACUAAUUCUUGUGCAGUUAAAUUCGCAGCCCAGUGUCUCUAGUACAGAAUGUGUGGAGUUUCGAUGUGUCAGCAAAGCAAAUAAGUUGCAAAAAUGUAAAGACAGGGUCGCUACAUUACACCACUCAAUGCGGCUGUCGCGCCAGGCAUCUUGCACCUGCAUGGUGUUUUGAGGCUUGGUGUAUAAGGACACAUCUGUAAAUGUAACACAAGUAAAGGUUUCAAGACCUAGUUCUACAGUAAAAUAGUGACAUUACCAGUUAGGAGGCUAGUGUAGUGACCUAAUAUGACAGUAUUGCCAAGCUACGCAUAUUUUAUUUUUGUUCAUUUAUUUAUAUAUUUGUUCGCUUAUUUAAGGAACACUCUCACACACAGACAAAAAGAAAGUCCUUCCACUUCGUCAAAUUAUUUUAAAAGGUUUUAGUUUGACUUAAGUAAACUAUAUUAUGGACCAGAAAUUGCUGGUCUCUAUGUUGCUAUGAUGAUAAGUUGGGUUAAUUUAUUUAUUUAUUUAAUUAAUUAUUUAUGUAUGUUGUUAUUUAUUAUUAUACUAUCAAUAUGUUUGGAAAAGAUGUGUGUCAAAAAAAAAAAGUCUUGGAGAACUGUUUCUAAAGCUACAGGGUUUAAAAAUAACUAAAGUGAGUGAAUAUACUUGAUGUUUCUUGAGAGAUAAAUUUAAUAAUAAAGGAAGCCACAGGCCUGUAAAUUUUAUUUGUAAAAAAACAUUUCUAUUUUUGUACAAAAAUUUUUACUGCCUCAGAAAUAAUGGGAGUUAUUUAUUGUUAACUUAUUGGAUAUCUAAAGAGAAGUUCUCAGUGCUAGAUAGAUACCUUUUGAAAUAGACUCUAGAGUAACAAAAUAUUAAUAAUAAUAUAAUAAGUUUUUAUUUUUAGGUCAAACACUCAUUGUGCACAAACCACUCUUUCGUUUCUAUGUUUUGUUUGGUUAUUUUUGUUUCCAUUGCGUAGUGAAAGAUUUGUCCCGUGACAUAUCUGUUGUGUGGCAUAUGUUCAAAAUGGCCGCUUUCCCCCUUCUGUAACCCUUCCUUUGCUCCCCAAAGCAAUCCAUCUGCAGUUACUCUAACUAGAUGGUUUAUUUUGGGCUGUUCAUUGUGCUUUGUGUAAACUAUAUCCUAUAUAUUUAUAGAUGAAUGUGAAUUAUGGAAUGCAUAUAGAUUCUAAUAACUACAAAGAUUUGCUUUGCAUUUUAUUCCUACACUGGUUAACCUAUUCAGUGCUGGAAGUACAGCUGCAUUUCUAUUUAAUGCACUACUGGUACAAAUCAACACUGAUGGGCUUAAAAAGUGAUUUUGUUUCUGCUGCAUAGAUUCUGUGUAACUUUAUACUCUUCCUUGUUUUUUUUCCCUAGAACAUCUUCAUGCCUGUUAGUUCACCGUUUGCCUAGCAUGUCCCUGUGGCGUCUAAAAAAAAAAAAGUUUCAUCGUCCCGUCAUUGUUUCUGAUGUCUUUCUGACCUCACAUCAUAUUUGAUCCUACAACUGACUUAGUUUGACUUCUGAAAUUUGCAUGUGAUCUCAUCUAGCUAUGAAUUCUGGGAAAAAGUGUGAAAAGCAUUGCAGCGUUCACGCAAGACUGAUAUUUACUAUAAGAUAAAUUAUAGAGAAAAAAAAGGACAAAAACCUGUGGCAAAAAAAGUUUUCUCUUUUUUCUUCUUCUUUUCUUUCUUUAUGUUUUGUUUCAUAACAUAAACAGACUUGAAAGUAUUACACAGGGAUUAGCAUUCUGUCUGGUCACUGUUUCCUAAAGCAAUAUGUGUCCAGGUAUACAGAAUGUUGGUUUCUAAAUGAAGCAGACAACUUCCACAACAGUUUGAGAAAAACUGUCUGAUUUUAAGUCUCUAGAGCUCUGUAAUAGUUUUUACAUUUUUCAGGCAGUGUAAAGUUUUUUGAUAAGGCCAUUUUAGGUGGCUCACUUUCUCAUUAAAUUAUAUAUAUAGAACCACUUUUUUGUAGAUUAGUAUAAGAAAAUAUUUACCCUGUUUUGGGGCAAAUGCUACCUAGUUCUGUCACCUUUUGCUGAACUGACUCACAGUUAGACAAUCCAUGGUUUAAUGCACAUGAAAUUACCUAUAUUUUAUACUGUUUAAAUGUACAGAAAAGAAGGUAAAUGUAUAAUGUGUCAGGUUGGUGCUUCUGUGAUUUUAGUUGUGGCUUCACUAAGUCUUAAGAGUCUUCAGUGUUCUAUGUUUAAUAAGUUUAAAAAAAUAUAUAUUGGUUUACUUGAACUAAAAUAAUUUUCUGAAAUAAAAAGUCUGUUUGCUAUGAUUUCAUGUGAAACAAAAACUAUUCCAGAAAAAUAAGUUUUGUGUUGGCUUGUAAAGCAUUGGUGUUCUUUUUUUCUAUUGUGGGGAAACUUAGAUGUGUUUGUGUUCAGCAAAAUGUGACCUGUUUUUUUUCUUCUAAAGAAAAAAAAUCAGUGAAAUAACAGUGCCAAAUUCCAAAGGUACUUCCUGCCUAAAGCUUCAGUGUAUUUCGUGUACGAAGUAAUUUGAUAACAUGGGUAUUUUAUUAUGUGUUUUGUAUAAAUCCCUUCUAUUUAAAAAAAAAAGAGAGGUUACAAAGUUUGUUAACUUGCUAUCCUGUGGUCUUGUUGCCUGAAAUUGUUAUUGUUUGUUAUAUCUCUUUGAUGUUUUUGGUAAAACAUUGUAUACAGUAAGUGCCCAUGUUCCACUUUUUUAGCCACUCUGCACAUCAAAUCUGUGAAAGCAAACCUCAUAACUGUACUUUCUUCAUGGUCUGUGGAUGUCUUCAUGGUGAGGAAGUGUUGAACUGCUAUUCCUUUUAAGCACACUGUCCUAGAGAAUCAGGGUAUAUAAAUAAACACACAUGGUUUAUAACGCAUGCCCAUACAGUUUAUGUAGAACUUCCAAGACAUCCAUUUUCCUGGUAUCACAGUGUGAAUUUUACAAUGCAAUGGAUGCCUAUUUCAGAAACACACAAUUAUACAGUAUACUGCAUUGAAAAGUGCCAUACUUGUUAUUACUCACUUGUCUCCAUCCUCCACAUGUCAGCAACAUUAUACUAACAAUGUAUUUCAUGUCCUCUCUUUUGUUAAUGGAAAACUUAAAGCAUAGCUGACAUUCAUUACUAAUGGCACAAAUGUAAGGUUGAUUUAAGGUGGACACUUCCUUUUCUUCUCAACUAUUAUAAUAUUUGAUUACUAAUGCAGUGCCUCAUUUAUAAGACUCAGCAAACCCAGUAUAAGAAUACUAGUAGAAACCCCUAUGUACAGUAAAUUUGGUAAACUAAUUUAUAUACUGGUCCUUUACGUCUCUACUCCUGGGUCCUACCAGAAUUAUUUGAGGGCUAUUUUUGUAUUAGAAAUUAACAAAGAAUAUGACUAAAUUAUAUCUUUAUGCAAUUCUAGGAAUAUAUGUAUAGAGAUAUAUAAUAUAAAACACAUAUUUUUGUUACGUAGAUUUAUGCAGAUUUGGAUGCAUUUCAGAAUAGAGAACAAUACUGUUACUUAUCUGAUACCAAUUUCUUAUGUCAUUACAAUGUAUUUCUUAUAAGAAUUUUAUUCAAAAUAGGUGGGGUUUAAAAAUGUUUUAGUAAACUUUUAGUAAUGCUUAAUAUCCAUUUCUUAAUCUCCUUUUACAGUAGAACAAUCAGGGUACUUGUUAUUUCAUUAAGCAAAAAAUGGUUUAUAUACAAUAAUUUAAACAAAGUGAUGAACCAGUCAGUCAGUCACUGGGAUAAACAGAUUGUCCUACUGUAUAUAGAAGAUAGUGUCCAGCACUGAUGCAGUUAAUCACUAGGUUCGCACUGAAGAGACAUUGCUUAAAGGACUAAUAUGUUCAACUUUUCUUUCACCACGAGAUUCUAGUUUUUUGGCUUGUGUAACUCUAAUGUCAUAUUAACUGUUCUGUUUUUAUUAUCUCAAGUGCUAAAUACAAAUAAGAAAAAAACUUGUAGUUUCAUAACAUUUUAGAGCUACUUCAUACAAAAGAAAUGUAUUUGUGUUUCUUUUUUGUGCUGUGAGAAUUGUCAUUUGUAGAUUAACUAAGAACUCAUUCUGUUUCGAAUUACAAAUAGUUUUUAAGUAUCGUCUGAGAAAAGCCAAAGUUACUGCAAUUUUAGUGGAAACUGUAAGAUCAUUUAAGUAUUGUUUAUGUUUUAUUGAUGCAUUUUGGUUCUGUUGUGUGAUGGAAUUUUAGCCAAAAAAAAAAAGAAAACAAAAAAACAGGCUUUCCUAUUUCUACUAACUGAUUGUACUUAUGCAUUUUGUACCAGUGCAACAUUUUAUACUGGAGAUUAAAAAAAAUGAAAGGAAAAGUUGUGGCUUACUCUUGAAGGCCCGAUCAUGAACGAUUUUGAGUUUGAUUUCUGACUGGUAUAAAGAAUGGGGGUUUUGCUU